UACAGCGAGUAGAAUUAUCUCUUUGGAUUCAUCGGUUCGUCAUUUCACCUCCGUCGAAAAACUAUACAGCGUUAGCACUGUAUAACUGCUUUUCAAAAUAAACUAUGUAAUCUCCUCGAUGAAAAAAACGACUUAAUGAAGACGUCAAAACGAUGCAAGGGCGGAUUUUGAAAGGAUUCUUCGGAUCAGUUCGACUGAGAUUCAUUUUUUUGGACACGACAGGAACAUAUGUUAAUUGAUUGAACUAUUUGCAUCUUUGGCCAGGCCUACGCAGAGGGAAAAGGUGAAACUUGUCGGACAAAGUAGAUCCUAUCCUACCAGGCUAGUAAUAAGACUGUACAGUGCGUGGUCGUUGAAAUAACUUAACUUUUCCUCCCAAACAAUUUACAAAUACUUUUAUUUUACAGACCCAUCUAGUAGAGAUCCAGACUAUAAUGCAUUUGCAUUUUUAAGCAAAGGAUAGAUCGGCAUAUGCUAUACAUGAAGAAACUUUUCAUCUCUGGACGCCAUCGGUACACAAGAAAUCAUUAUCCGAGCUGUCCAUGACUGGGAUUCCUUGAUCUGAUUUACAACACCGCACGGAAUACUCUUGGAUUUGCCCGAUGACAACGAAAUGACGGAUAAGACAAUGAGAUCAUUUUUCUUCAGGACCUAAAAAGAUUCUGGGUGGAGGUGAUGGACACAGGUUGAACACACCAUGAGCCCAAGGUUGCUUGUAGCGAUCACUAUCGUGAUAUUGGGCGGAAAAUUAAGCUUGGGUAGCGAUGCGUCUUCAUUCAUUUUACCAUUCACUGACUGCAUUCAAAGCAAAGGCAGGGAAGGCUACUAUCAGGGAUCGAUAGAUGUGACGGAGUCCGGCGGAAAGUGCAUGAACUGGAGUGAUGUCGCCGGUGUCAAGGACAGGUACCCUGGAAAAGGACUGGGCGACCACAAUUUCUGCCGAAAUCCUGAUGGCAGGAUCCGACCUUGGUGUUUCUUUAGAAACAAUAGAGGACGGAUAGACUGGGGGUACUGCGACUGUAAACAAGGGUUGGUGCGUCUGCAGGGUGGGAGGAGCAAGCUGGAGGGCACGGUGGAGGUGUACCUGAACGGGGCGUGGGGGACCGUGUGUGGCGAUGGCUGGGGGGACCAGGACGCCGCUGUGGUCUGCAGGCAGCUGGGCCAGGGGUACAAGGGGCGUGCCCGACACAGCCCCAUGUCACGGCUGAGCUUCUCAUUGGUCCACUGGAGCACUAUGCAUUGUGGGGGACAUGAGGAAGACCUCUUGCAGUGCCCAAAAACGAUGUGGAACGGGGGCGGGUGCACCAACCGGCAGGUCGCAGCCGUCACCUGCAGCUUGCAGGAAGCCGUCUUCGUCCCCAUGCGGUUGGUCGGAGGAAGCUCCGGACGCGAGGGCAGGGUGGAGGUGUACCACGGCGGGCAGUGGGGCUCCGUGUGCGACGACCAAUGGGACGACGCCGACGCCGAGGUGGUCUGCAGGCAGCUGGGAUUGAGUGGGACAGCCAAGGCCUGGGGCCAGGCGUAUUUCGGGGAGGGGACUGGCCGGAUCCUGCUGGACGAGGUGCAGUGUACGGGGAACGAGCUCUCCGUGGAACAGUGUCCCAAAAACGCCUGGGGCGAGCACAACUGUGAGCACCGGGAGGACGCGGGGGUGUCCUGCACCCCUCUGACAGAUGGGUCUCUACGGCUGGUGGGGGGAUCCGGAAGCUUCCAGGGGCGUCUGGAGGUGCACUACAGAGGGCAGUGGGGGACGGUAUGUGAUGACGGCUGGACCGACUCCAACACUCAGGUGGUGUGCAGACAGCUGGGAUUUCGGUCUGGAGAGGGGGCGUCGCCGGGGCUGUUCGGGGAGGGGGCGGGGCCGAUUCUGCUGGAUGAUGUCAGCUGUACGGGGAAGGAGCCGGCCCUGACGCACUGCGGGCGGAGGGAGUGGAAGAAACACGACUGCACCCACCAGGAGGACCUGUCAAUCACCUGCAGCCCAGAGCGCGUCUCCCACGGAGUCCCAGCCAGCGUGCCCCUCCGGCUGGUGGGCGGAGAGACCCCGAUGGAGGGCAGGGUGGAGAUCUACGUCCAGGGCCAGUGGGGCACCAUCUGCGACGACGGCUGGACCGACAGGGAUGCGGACGUGGUCUGCAGACAGCUGGGCUACACGGGUCUGUCGAAGGCCAGGACCAUGGCGUAUUUCGGGGAGGGCGAAGGUCCCAUCCACGUGGACAACGUGAAGUGCAGCGGGGCAGAGAGAUCGCUGGCCGACUGCAUCAAACAGCCGGUGGGAACGCACAACUGCCGACACACCGAGGACGCGGGCGUGAUCUGCAACUACGGCCAGCAGGACGUCUCCAUCACAGAUCCCGUUGCCUCGUUGUGCGGGUUACGGUUAACACACACCCGGCAGAAAAGGAUCAUUGGAGGAGAGAAUUCUUUGAGAGGUGGGUGGCCAUGGCAGGCUGCUAUCCGUCUCAGGGUGCCCCAGGGUGAGGGGAGGUUGGUGUGUGGAGCGACCCUCAUCAGCAGCUGCUGGAUCCUCACCUCAGCGCACUGCUUCAAGAGGUACGGCAACAGCACCAGGACCUAUAAGGUGCGGGUUGGGGACUACCACACGCUGGUGCCGGAGGAGUUCGAGGCUGAGUACGGCGUGGAGGAGAUCGUGCUGCACCCGAACUACAGGCCCCACAGUAACGACUACGACCUGGCGCUGGUGAGGCUGUUCGGCCGGGAGGGCCGCUGUGCCGUGCUGAGCCGCCACGUCCUGCCCGCCUGCCUGCCCCAGCGCCGGGAGAGGGUGCUCCGCGUGGCCUCCAACUGCUUCAUCACCGGCUGGGGCGACACGGGGCGGGCCUACUCUAAGACCCUGCAGCAGGCCUCCAUUUCGCUGCUGAACAAGCGGCAGUGUGAGCUGAGCUACCCGGGCCAGUUCUCCGGCCGGAUGCUGUGUGCCGGGAAGGCCCAGGAGGACCGGUGGGUGGACAGCUGCCGGGGGGACAGCGGGGGCCCGCUGGUGUGCGAGAGGCCUGGGCUGGGCAGGGCCAGCGGGGGCUGGGUGGUGUACGGGGUCACCUCCUGGGGCCACGCCUGCCGGCUGCAGGACUCGCCCGGCGUCUACACCAAGGUGUCGGCCUUCGUGCCCUGGAUCGGCCGAGUGACCGGACUCUAGCGCCCCCUGCAGGACCGCUGCACUCACCCGGCCCGACGGGCGACCGGUCCUGACUGUCUUACCGUCUCUCAAGAAGAAAAGAACAACAGAAAAUAGCGGCGUUUCUUUUUACGUUUCCUUGUUCGUCUUUAUUUGUGCUGUCAGGUCUGCACUUUUCUUUUUUUUUCUUUUUUUAUUGUUGGUUUCAGCACUUCUCUGUUUCAAUGGGACCACUUGUGAUACAGUAAACCUGGGGUACACCACAGUCCUCCAGGGCCGGCCCAUACUCUGGCUUCUGGUUCAACCAUUUAACCCUGGCAUCGUUUACAGUACAACACAGCUGCACUCACCAAUCCAGGUUCAGUCCUGCAUUAAGCCUCAUGUUACAUUAGCAUUUGUAAUGAACAGCUGGGUUAAUUUAAGAGCUAAAGGCAGGAGUUGGCUUGGGCAGCAGUGUGUUAUAAUGGGUAGCAGUAUGCUAUAAUACUUAGGAAACAGGGCUCACAACUGAAAGGUUUCGGUUUGAUUGCUAUCUGGAGCAAUGCCAUUGUACCCUUCGGCAAAGGUGGUCAGCCUGAAAUGCCUCAGUUAAUAUCCAGCUGUUUUGUUAGAUUGUAUCUAAAAGGUAAAAAUGUUUAACAGUAUAAUGUAAUGUAAUGAAGCUGGUGAAAAAAUCUGAAAAACAGGUUGUCCCCUAGCCCAGCUAACACUAAACAUUAUCACAAUGCUGCUGCCAUGUUGUGGCAAUGUUUUAACAUUGACAGAACAUUCCAGUAACAUUGUGAGAAUAUUUUGUGUAAGCUGGGCUAUUGUACUUUGCUGGAAUAAACUUGCUGAGGGGACGAGUGAAAUUGUCCCAUCUCUUGGUUACAAUGCACACUACACACUCUCAGUUCCAUGUGGACGUUAGAAACUUUGCACUAAAAAUGUACGAUUCUAAAUCAGCUGAAGCUCUGGUCACAGAGAGCACUGUAGUGGUGUAUAGGAGGGUGUUGAGGAGGAAUCCUGUAGGAGAAAAAAUCCUUCCAUGUGUCAUUACAGCGCUAAACGAAUAGUGUAGCACAUUAGCAUUUGUUGUUUUGUUCAGUGUAUUAACGUAUGUGCUUUCAGUGUCGACAUUGAUGACAUGGUGCUAUUGUCGUUGUGAGGUUUCUCCAUAUGACGUUACUCCUGUGACAUGGAGUCCGGUUCUUAUCUUCAGGGUGUUGUCUUGAACAGGAGAGACUCCAGCAAAGCUGAACGAAUGGAAUUCCUGAUUAAAAUGAGCAUUAUUAUUAUUUUCCCCGUCACACUAACUUGGUGGGUCUGGGACAGAAAUCCAACACUAAACUACCUGUGAUGUUGUCGGUCGAAUUUACCGGAUUGUGAGUUAGCUUCGAACAUUUUACUGUCUUUUAACUGUUGCUUUUUUUACAGGUUAAAUGUGUUAUCUCAAUAUUGGGCAUGGUUUACAAGUGAAGUAUAAUGUUCAUGGAAAAUGCAUUCAAUACUGAGAAUUAAACAUUUUAAAUGGUUA